GGAGCCGAGGGGGGGCUACGCGGCGACGUCUGCGCGGAGGACUUCGCGCGUGAGCCGCGCGGACGCUUGGCCUGGCUCGUGAGCUUUUCCAGCGGGCGACCGGUGGCAACACCGGCCCCGGAGGAGCCGCGGACGGGCGAGGGGGCCUUCGCCGGCGGGUGUCCCGUCAUGGAGGAGGUGCUGGCGGCCCCGGAGCGGCCGCUCUGCGACAGCCUCAUCCUGUGGCUUCAGACAUUCAAGACUGCCUCACCUUGUCAAGAUGUCAGACAGCUGACUAAUGGAGUUGCCAUGGCACAAGUUCUUCAUCAAAUUGAUAUGGCUUGGUUCAAUGAAUCCUGGUUAAGUCGAAUUAAGGAGGAUGUUGGGGACAACUGGAGAAUAAAGGCUAGUAAUUUAAAGAAGAUCCUUCAAGGAAUUAUGAGUUAUUACCAUGAGUUUUUGGGGCAGCAGAUUUCUGAAGAACUUAUUCCUGAUUUAAACCAAAUAACUGAAUGUUCAGAUUCUGUGGAGCUUGGGAGAUUGCUCCAGCUUAUUUUAGGUUGUGCAGUCAACUGUGAAAAGAAACAAGAACAUAUUAAAAAUAUAAUGACAUUGGAAGAGUCUGUUCAACAUGUGGUCAUGACUGCUAUUCAAGAGUUGAUGAGUAAAGAAAUAGUGAGCUCUCCUACAAGUGAUGCUGUUGGAGAAUUAGAGCAGCAGCUUAAAAGGGCUUUGGAAGAACUUCAGGAAGCACAAGCAGAGAAAGAAGAGCUGAAGCAGAGAUGCCAAGAACUGGAUUUGCAGGUGACAACACUUCAAGAUGAGAAGAAUUCACUGGUUUCUGAGAAUGAGAUGAUGAAUGAAAAACUUGACCAGUUGGAUGGCUCUUUUGAUGAUCCAAAUAUGAUGGUUGCAAAAAAGUAUUUCCAUGUACAGUUACAACUGGAACAAUUACAGGAAGAAAACUUCAGACUGGAAGCUGCGAAAGAUGAUUACCGUGUUCACUGUGAAGACCUUGAAAAGCAGCUGGUUGAAUUUCAGCAUAGAAAUGAUGAACUGACUGGUAUUGCUGAAGAGACAAGAGCCCUGAAAGAUGAAAUUGAUGUUCUUAGGGCUACCUCCGAUAAAGUAAAUAAACUGGAAUCAACAGUUGAGAUAUAUCGUCAGAAGCUACAAGAUCUAAAUGACCUCCGCAAGCAGGUGAAAACUUUACAGGAUGCAAACAUGAUGUAUAUGCAUAAUACAGUCAGCUUAGAAGAAGAACUGAAGAAGGCAAAUGCAGCACGUACACAGUUAGAAACAUACAAAAGGCAGGUUCAGGACCUGCACCUUAAACUCUCCUCUGAAUCCAAAAGGGCAGACACUCUAGCAUUUGAAAUGAAGCGGCUUGAAGAAAAACAUGAAGCUCUACUUAAGGAAAAAGAGAGACUGAUAGAGCAGCGUGAUACUCUGAAAGAAACAAAUGAAGAGCUUCGUUGUUCACAAGUACAGCAGGAUCACCUAAGUCAAACAGACACAUCUGCUACAAAGAGUUAUGAGAAUCUUGCUGCUGAGAUCAUGCCAGUGGAAUAUAGAGAGGUGUUUAUUCGACUGCAGCAUGAAAACAAGAUGCUUCGCUUACAACAGGAAGGUACUGAGAAUGAACGUAUCACAGAGCUACAGGAGCAGCUAGAGCAGAAGCACCGAAAGAUGAAUGAACUGGAAACUGAGCAAAGUCCAGCAAACUAAAGCAGAAGUUGGAAGCUCAUAUGGAAAAACUAACAGAGGUCCAUGAAGAAUUACAGAAAAAAAAAGAGCUCAUUGAAGACCUUCAGCCAGAUAUAAAUCAAAAUGUACAAAAGCUCAGUGAACUUGAAGCUGCUCUUCAUAAGAAAGAUGAAGAUAUGAAAGCAAUGGAAGAAAGAUAUAAAAUGUACUUAGAGAAAGCCAGAAAUGUAAUAAAAACUUUAGAUCCCAAAUUAAAUCCUGCAUCAGCUGAAAUAAUGCUACUUAGAAAGCAGUUGGCAGAGAAAGAGAGAAGAAUUGAGAUUUUGGAGAGUGAAUGUAAAGUAGCAAAAUUCCGUGAUUAUGAAGAAAAACUCAUUGUUUCUGCGUGGUAUAAUAAGAGUCUGGCAUUCCAGAAACUGGGGAUGGAAUCCCGGCUCAUGAGCGGUGCUUGCAAAGACCCCGCUCCCUGCACCCCUGCACGGUCGUUCUUAGCACAGCAGAGGCACAUCACCAGCACCCGGAGGAAUCUGUCUGUUAGGGUUCCUGCUGCAACAUCUGAUUAAACCGCAAAGAAAACAGAAACAGAAGUGCCCUUAAAAUGUUUUGUAUUUUCCAGCCACUGGAUUAAAAAAGGUUAAAAUACUUGACAUAGUUGACGUAUGCUGUGUUGAAAUCAAAAUGCCACAAAUUGGUUUUGCCAGCUAACUUUGAAAACAAAGUAUAGAAUUAGCUGUCUCUCUGGGGGACCACAUUAGAAUAAUUAUAAGAUGUAAUUAAGCACAUAUCUCAAACAUUCGUCUUUUGAAUAUUGUAAUUAUAAAUUGACUAUGUUUUAUUUUAGUGUUUUCUUGUCAUACCAGUAAUGUGAUUAAUUUGCGACAUGUAAUCAGAAAUACACAAUUUAAAAAUGUAUCCACAUUUAUGUUAUUGGUCCAUAUAGUACUAGUCUUGAUAUAGGCACAUGGAGAAGUGUACAAGGGUGAUUUUGUUGACUUGAUAUAUUUGAGAUUUCACUUCUAUCCACAAAUUCUUUUGAAUGGAUGUAUUUUGGCAUGCUGUGGAAAAUUUGACCAUUGGCAAUGAUUUGCCCUAGUCAAAGUGACUAAUACUGCAGAUUCUGAAAAGGCUAUGGUUUUCACAUGUAUCUACUAAAAACAAGGGCUUCUGGAGAGCUUGGUUGAAGUGUUAGAAGGUGGGAAAUAAACUCACAUUAUUAAGAGAUGACUGAUGGAAAGCAAGCUGAAAAAUAAUAUUCGGUGUGAAAUGUUCACCUCCUUUUAAAUGUAAUCAAUGAGAAUAUAUUGAUAUUCUCAUUUACUGCUUUUCAGCUUAAAAUUAUCUGUUUAAAAAUGACAUACCACAAUAUAUUAAUUUUGCGUCUUCUUUGAAAAGAUGUGUUGAGAGUUUAUUGUGGGCUGAAUUUGUGGUUUCAGUUAAUUUCUGCUGAAAUCUCUUAUUUUUGAAUAUGUUUCUAACUUUGGAGAUCAUUUCUGAAAGUCUCAGUUUGGAAUAUCAGUUAAAUUGUGUUACGUCUGUGCUGUUAAUAUUGUUGCCACAAGAUACAUGUGGCAGUUUAACCUCAUUAAAACAAAAAAUUAGGUCUUGAGUUACACCAGCCACACUUCUAACACUCACUCACUCCAUGUAGCUAGUGGCUACUUUAUUGGGCAGUCCAAAUAUAGAAUAUUUCCAUCUCUGCAGAUUUCUGUUGGACAGUACUGUACUUAAUCUUUUUGUAAAAGUAAAAUUGGAAAUACAUUUUUGGUAUUAAAGCACAAAAAUCAAAAGCAUUAGAACUAUUCAAAGAUAAUGAGAAAUUGAAUUCUUACAUAACUAGCAUCUUAUAUUCUGUGUAGUUGAAUACCAUAUAUAGUGAUAACUACAGUUAGUUUUUCCAAUGCUGUUCAAAAAAUACUUAGCACCAGUAUGCCUGGACCAGAGAGCAGCAAACUUACUGUGAAGGCACAGAUAGUAAAUAUUUUAGCCUUUGUGCGUUUUAUGAUCUCUGUCUCAAGUACUCAAGUCUGGCCUUGGGAUAUGAAAGAAGUCAUAUACAAUAUGUAAACAAAAUGGAUGUGGCUGUAGAAAAUUUUAUUUGCAGCAACAGGUAGGCUGGAUUUGGCUAAGAGGUUCCACAUCCGUGGUCCAGUUUUUAUUCUUAGUCAUUCUUUCCAAAUAAGAGUAUUGUUCCAUUUGCAGUAUUCAUUUAGAGAACUUUCCCAGUUAUUUUAAUCACUAAAACUAUAAGAAUUUCAUACUGCAACUGGGUCUUAGAUUAGGGAGUAUCUGUCAGCAUAUUUUGUUUAUCAGGGUUACUUCUGACUACCUCUCGAAUUUUGGUGUUUUUUUUCUGUACAAUUGUUGGUUUACAUUUUUGUAUACUCUUGUAGUGUCCACUUACCUGUGACUUUUAGUGAAAUGAAAUAAGACUUUGAAAGCAUUUUAGCAUGCUAUUUAAAAUUUUCUAAAUAUUGUGGCAUUUGGGUAUAUUUUGGUCCUUGAUAUCCUGUCCCUUUGAAAUUUCUCCUUGCUUGUAAUUGAGAUUUUAUAAGCUCUUCAAGCACAUUUUAAUGGAAUUUAUUAUAAAACAUCAACUUAAGUAAAUCAAUUUUCCAGUUCUAUUGAUAAUAAAAUUUUCAGUUAUUAUACUUGGAAUUUCUAAAACUGUCAAACCAUUUCUGAAUAAGGUCUUAAAGCUAAAUUCUUUUUUCAUCUUAGAGAAAAAGCAGAUUUUCUCAUUUAGCAAUUUUCUAGUUGAUAAGUAGAAUCUAAAUUUGAUUAUAUAGGUAUUUAUACAAGAAUAAUAUACUAUAAUUUGAAGUUCUGUAUUAUUGUGACUGCUCAUUACAGAAAUUCAGGAACUGAUCAGAAGUGAGAUUCUUUUCCACAUCUGAUUAAUGUAGUAAGAUUGACACCCUGUGGGUGGUGAAGCAUUAUUAAUAUUUCAUCACAAACCAUGAUGUCUAAUAUCUGUUUUGUGAGGGAGACUUGAAUGCAUAUGUUGUGGAAGAGAUAAUUCACCAUUUAUGUUUGAUAAGAAAUAGAAUAUAUCCAUGAUUAUAAAGUAAAACCACAGACCAAUUUGGAAAUGGUCUUUAAUUUUGAAAAUUUUCUCUAAGAUUAAUCUUCCUUUUUCUUUUUAAAUUGUAUACAUAUGACAGUGAUGUUUAGCCUGAGAUUAACUUAAUAUAUUGAGAAAUCUUUGAAGUCUUUCUAUUUUUACAGUAAGGCUAAUGAUUUAAUAUACCUUAAGAAUGUCUGUCUAGAAAUGUUAAAGUGAAUAUUCUUCAUUAGGAUACCUUCAUCUUUGAUAGCUGGAGUUCUGAUUUGAAUAAUUGAUUUGAUUUAAAUAAUGCUUUCAUGACCAUACUUGUUUCAUUGUUGUGGCACAUCUGGCCCUUGGGGAAUAGGUAUGACUUUUAGGGGACACUGCUGUCUGUAUUAGAUUCUCUGUGUGUAUAUUUAAUGAGAGACAUUCCUUCAUAAAAAUUUGUGUAUGUGGUUGCAUACAUUUGCAUUGUGAACAUGUACAUUGCAAAGAAGUAGGUUGGAAAUUUGCAAAGCAUAAAUGAUAAAAUAGUGUGAAGUAAUAAACAUGAGGUAGCUUAAAAGUAAUGUUUAGUUUAAAAAGAUCCAUUCUAUUUUUUAUGGCAAAGACUUUGACACUUGAAAAAUAGAAGCAAUACUUGAUUUAUUUUUGUAUGUAUUUAGAAUAUUAUUUUAAAUAAAUGAUUGUCCAACAAUAAUA